GAUGAAAAAAGUAGAAUCGACUAGUGACGACGUGUUGACAAAUCCUUUAUCAUUUUACCUCGUGGAGGGAUUUUAAAUGCUGAUCAACUGUUGUUUAGAAGCUUAAAAGAUUAUUAUCAAAAUGAAAAAUCCCUUGUAUUCACUUAUCAAUAAUAAUAUGCUUUAUCGACAAUUUUUCAUUUCAUUUCUUACGAAUUAAAAAGCGAACUAUUUCUUCUAACAAUAAGUUCCGCCAUAGAAGCAGUUGAUACUUUUAGAAAUCAACAAAUUUUCCGACAAAAUGACGAAUUCGGUUGAAAAUAAUAUACAAUUGAAUGGAAAUAAUACGAAUAUGGAAUUUGCAACUACUGAAAAACAAGAAGCACGUGCAUUUCUACGUGAACGAUUUCUACGUAUAAUUACUGGAAUUGUUGGUAAACGAGUAAAAUUUCAUCUAUAUGAAAAUACACGGGUUUCUGCAGAAUUUAGAGGUUCUGAUGUGGACCACUUGGAAAUGUAUGUAAGGAAUUUGGAGACACCAUUAGGCACGAUUCCAGAAGCUGUUUUAAGAACAAAUGACAUUAUUUAUCUGGAUGUGAAUGAUAUUAAUAAAGCAUAAUAAAUUUUCAAAACACAAGAUGUAAUUUGCUUUUAGUCACCUGUUAAUUCUGGCACGUUUUUGAUGACAUCAUUUUCAAACAUUUCAUCAGAAGUUUCGCCGCUAGCAUUUUUCAGUCCAAAAAGAUUGAUAACAAAAACCAUAUAUUGAUGUUCCUCUUUUUCUGGAUAAGGAGGAGGCAC